GUGAGCUGAGUUUAGACUGCAGCUAGCACGGCGACAGGUAACGAAGCCGCGACAAGGUGAGAGCGAAAAGUAAUCCCGUGGCAAGUAUGAGAAAUACCCAGGACAACUGACCGAUCCGGGUCACUUCUUUCAGUAAAGAAAAAUGUCCGGUAGAAGCCAGCACUAUGGGUUUCAGUCGGCCACCCUGGUGCAGCCUGCCAACGGAGGUCAUGCCUACCUGUUUGGGAACAUCUCAGACAAUGAACUGUCAGAGGAGGACGGAGAAAGCUAUGAGCUGCGACCACGUGGCCGAGAAAGACUACGAAGGAGCACCUCCAGAGAGAGGAUGGAUGACAUUAUUUACCUUACUAGAGACAUCCUGGAGGGUGACACACUGAACAGCAUUUCCCUCCAGUACCAUUGUUCAGUGGCUGACAUCAAGCGUGCCAACAACCUCUUGACAGAACAGGACUUCUUCGCUCUGCGUUCCAUCAAGAUCCCCGUGAGACGGUUCAGCGUCCUCACCGAGACCCACACUGCGAGCCCCCACAGAUCCGCCGCUCCCACGGACACGAGACGGAAUCCCCAGACCUCCCCGGCCGCGACCCUCCCCUCCGAGUGCUCCACGGACUCCUGUUCUUCCACCGACAGCGUGGAGGGAUUCCUCCUGGAGAAGGACAAGGACAUCGAGCGGCUGGUGAAGUCCACGGUGCCGUCUCGGACCGGCCUCAACGAGGUUGUGUCCUCCUUACAGCUGCAGCAACAGCAGCCGCUGCUGGAGACCGAGUAUAAACCCCCCCAGAGGAAGGACCCUUACUACGGGGCAGACUGGGGCAUGAGGUGGUGGACAGCUGUGGCCAUCAUGCUGGUCGUCGGGAUCGUGACGCCCGUGUUUUAUCUGCUGUACUACGAGGUUCUGGUCAAAGCCGACGUCAGCCAUCAUGGCGACACACCCAAUUGACGCCAACGUGCAAUAAGUUGUAGAACAACUCUGGACCUGAACACGUUGCUAAUGGACAUCAGCAGGGACACGAGUGGGUGAAACCAGAGUGUAACAAAAGAAAAUAGCAGGUAAUUAUACUUAAAAAAACGCAUCUGUUGCUAACUGGGAGAUCUAAUGAAACUGAGUAGAUGUUCCUAUUUUUGAGAAUAAAUUAUAUACUUACGACUGUGCAAUCUGGAACAGUGAGGGAGAGGCAUCGACUCAGACAAUAUGACUGCAAUCAUUCCUCUUGUCUGAGCGUUCACUUGCUUUUUUUUUGGCAUCGGGCAUUGACAGAGUGGGUCCAGCUGUUUCUAUGAGACACUAGACAUGUCUCGUAGACUUUUCUUGAACCGUUUCAACAUUUCAGACUCCAUGGAUAUACGUAGGCGGAUUGAGAUCUUGCGUUAUCAGCUUUCAAUAGGCUGCCCACAAUUAAGCCAAGACUCGAGCUAAACAUGCAUUCCUCAGUUUUUUUUAAUGAUAUAUUAGUUGCCACAAACUUUAGUGAAACAUUUGUUUGGAUUUGAUGCUAUUUUGCUCAAUUUUGUGCAGCUGCCACGUUAGUAAUUGUUUCUUCCGGUUUUUUUUUUUUUUUUUUUUUUUUGGGGGGGGGUGCUACAGUUAAUUAGAAUUAAUUUAUUUUAAGACUGUAGUCUUCACUUAUUGUCAGUAUUGAGAGUUGAAUCGUUUUCUGAAUUUGCUUGAACCUGUCUUUGCUUUAGCUUGCCUUGAGAGCUGCAUUUUCUUUUCAGAGUAACCUCUAAGAGCAUGGUGAGAAAAAGGGAAAUGCACACUAUUCCCAGAAUGACUCAUACUUGUAAAUAUGUGAAAUUUUUUGACUUUAUUCAGACGUUUUAAUUUUCAUCACAUCACUGUGUUCAGUUGAAAUUUUAUGACAGACGUGUUGUUGACAGUAUGUGCCUUUCAACCUGUGGAAACUGACUGCAGGAUGAAAACUAAAUAAAUAUAUUUUGAGUAAAUUA